AUGGCGCCGUCUUUCAACAGCCCCAAGCAGGAGCUGGAACAGGGCAUCUGCGGGCAGCACGGGUGGUCCAGUAGUUAUUUCCAGGCCCCGAGUUCGCGGUGGUGCGUGGAGGUCAGGUGGGGCGUGGGACCGCGUAAUGGUCGCGUCUUCGUCAGCGACGACGUCUCCGAUGGGGCGUCAAAGGCCGGGGUGAAGAAAGGGCACGCGGCGGCGGCGACCGUCGCGAUCGCGGGUUUACGUGACAUCGUCUACGCGGCGAACUCGAGACAGAAUCUGACGAUCGUAGAGGCGUUCGGGGCGCAGUUCGACCACACGUGUUUCGUGACGUCCGGACUCGAGGGGUGGGCGAAACUCUGGGAGAUAAAUCCGACCGAGGUCUUCAUCGACGUCGAGGGAAACCAGGUCACGCCCCCGGUGCUCGUCCAAGUGUGCGUCCCCUUCCGCGUCUUUGGUGAACAACACGAUAGAUCAUUGUGCCUCCUCGAGGUCCCGAACAGUUCCCGGGCUCGGCGAGAUCCCGGGGUCAGCGAAGACAUGAACAGGCUGCUUGGUGACCCAAAAAUAACCAAAGUGUUCUGCGACGGCACCAGCGGCGCAGACCGUCGCUCGCUCGGAGUCGUCGACUCCGACAACUACGUGGAUCUGGAGGACAUCGCCUCGUCGCUCGUGGGCGCGACGGGGGUACGGAGGGGUUUGGCACGCAUCAUGAACCUCGCGUGGCCGAACCCAGAGGUGCGUGUUGCGAAGGAUACAAGGGACAAGCAAUCUGUGCUCUUCUUUGCCGCCAUCGAGCAGGGGAAGAAGCCGCGGCCCAAGGAGCUCGACGAGAUUCCCAACCGCAUAAGGCGGUACGCGGCGAUGGAUGCAUGGUGCACGAUGACGGCGUACCGCGGGUUGAGGCAACAAGCGCAACAUGAGGGUUUGCUGAUGACCGAUUAA